AUGUUCUUGCUCGGAGCGGAGCUCAUCAGCAAGUUUAGAAGCGUCCAUGAUAGCCUUCUUAGCCUUGUCAUCACUGACCUUGGCAUCACUCAAUGCCUCGUCAACCUCCGAUUGCAAAUGUUGAAGAUCUCCCUCGACCUUUCUCUUGGUUGCCAAAAGAACCAAUUGGAGUUCUGCUUGUCUACGAGUUCUCUCAGAUUGCUCAUAGAUGAUUGCGAGAUCUUCUUUUUCUUGUUGGAGAACUUGGGAACGGCGUUCAGCAAGAUUGGCAUGAUCACGGACCUCAUUCAACGAUCUCUGUUCCUCUUCCACUUGAAGUUGAAGCUCUCUGAUGGUAUCUUGAAGCUUUUUCACUCUUCCGCGGCUCUCAGUUUCCAAGGAGACUUGCAUACUCUCGAUGGUUCUGCUAUGGUUCUUUCUUGUAUUCUCAAAUUCUUCUUCCUUUUCUUGAAGUCUCUUCUCAAUUUCACUUCUGAUUUGAGAAACUUCAAUUUGAGCACGCAUAACUUUGGCUUCUUCUGCUUCAAGAGCACAUUCAGCCUCAUCGAGAGCUUGUUGCAACUCUUCCUUCUCGAUUUCGAGUCUUCUGCGCAACUUCUGAAGGUCGUGAACAGAUUUUCCUCCUUCUCCAAGUUGAUCAGCAAUAUCCUUCAAUUCUUGAGCCAAAGCCUUGUUCUCACGUUUGACUGCUUCAGUUUGUUCUCCAGAUUCCUCAAGUUGGUUACGGAGACGGAAGGUUUCAGUGGCAGCAGCACGAGUUUCUCUCUGGCUUUGUUCAACUUCAGCAACGAGAGCCUCACACUUACGACGCCAUUCUUCGAGAACCUUAUCGAAUCCUUUCUGUUUCUUUUCCAAAGAGCUGGCAAUCGAGUUGGCUCUAUCAGCAUCAACCUGAGCAUCUUCCAAAUCAUGAGCCAAUCGUUGCUUGUUCUUCUCCAAUGUUCCAAUCUUCUGAUUGGCAUUCUCGAGUUGUUCUUGCAUUUCUUGAACCUUGUGAGUCAACUUUCUUCUUGUUUCUUCCAACUCCUCGGCUCUAGAAACACCUUCUCCCUCGAACUUGGCUCUCCAUUGUUGGAUUUCCGAGUUGGCCUUGCUCAACUGUCUUUGGACAUCCGUCUUAGCAUCUUGUUCUUCUUCAAGGGAUUCACGAAGUUGCUCACAUUCCAAUUGAUAGUUGGACACUUGGGAAUGAAGGGAUUGUCUCUCGCGAGUUUCCUGAUCAAGAGUUCUCUUCAACUCCUCCAUUUGAUUGUGUUGUUGUUGCUUGAUUCUGUUCAAUGCAGACAAUUGAGACUCAGCAUCUUCAAGUUGUCUGUUCAAAUCUUGAUUUUCAGAGUGUGUCUUAUUCUUGCUCAUCGUCAAUUCCUGGAUAAGUCUGGCUUGUUCAUCGCUCUUCAAUGUGAUAUCAGUGAGUUGAGCCUCGAGUUGCUUGGCCAUACGCUCGCAAGUUUGACGUUGUUUAGCCUCAACAUCAGCAGAUUGUUGGAGUUCAUCGACUUCUCUCUGCUUAUCAUUCUUCUCACGCUCAAGUUUUCCACGCAUUUUUUGGACAGUGUCAAGUUGAUCAGAGAGCUCAGCGACGGCGUCAUUGUGUUUCUUGCGGAGAGCAGCCAUGCUGGUUUCAGCAUUGAUUGCAGCAUCUUCCAGAUCUUGACGAAGUUUGGACAGUUCGGCUUCUCUGUAACGUCACAUCGUGAAGUUGAAAUCCUCGAAAUCAUGAGCCUUCUCAGCCUUGGAUCUGGAUUGUCUUUCAUUUUCAAGUUCCUCUUCGAGCUCUUGAAUUCUGGCCAACAAUUCCUUGAUUUGUCUUUGAAGUUUAGCAACAAGAGACUGUUCAUCUUCCAGUCUUGA